AUGGAACGACUACAGAAGAAGCAAGCUGCCCUGCGACAAGCAAUAGAGAAAAUCAUCGCAGCGGCCAGCGACCUACUGCAAUCGCCAACCAUCAAAGUCGGUGAGCUUGAGGAACGCCUCGACCUUCUCCUUGAACAAGCGGAUGAAUUGAAAUCUGUUAACGAGAGCAUCGAAAAGAAGAUAGAUCUUCAAGAAUUAGAUGCAGAAUUAGAAGCUUGCGCUGCAUACACGGAGAAGAUCUGCUCCAUAAAAACAAAGAUCAAGAGAGCUCUCAGGAGUCAGACAGCCAACGAGAGCCGGUCAACAACUCCGUCAGUGACAGGCGACGCAUCAGAGCAGGAAGUAUACCACAUUGGUUCCGUCCCACCUGCGACAUCCCAGCCACUAUCAGCAACCACCAAGUUACCCAAGUUGGAAAUCGCAAAAUUCAGCGGGGACCUGCGCUCAUGGCAAAAAUUUUGGAACCAAUUUGAAUCGACUAUACACAAGAACAGCACCCUGCCUGCAAUAGCCAAGUUCCAGUACCUAACAAGUUACUUAACUGGAAAAGCCGCCGCUGCCAUAGAGGGGUUGCCGAUCAGCGAUAGAAAUUAUGACAUCGCAGUGAAGACGCUCAUUGAGAGAUUUGGGAAGGAGGACGUAAUAAUUGAGGACCACAUGUCGCGCUUGCUUGACGUCCGCCCAGUGCACGAUCUGCGGGACAUCGAAAGGCUGAGGACCCUCUACGACGAAAUCCGCUCCGGAGUCCGAAGUCUAGAGGCGAUGGGAGUGUCGUCGAGCACCUACGGCGCGCUGCUUCUCACCGUCCUUCGCAAAAGCAUCCCAAGUGAGCUUUGCUUGGCGUACUUCCGACGGAAGGCCGCCUCACCUGAAACGCCCCAAGACGAGCUUCUCGGUUUCCUCGAUUUCAUAAGAGAGGAGGUCGAGAGCAGAGAGAGAGCCCAGAGUGCACUACGCCAUGGGCACCAGGACGCCGCUAUCAGACAGAAAGCACCUAUCAAAGGGGACGCUCGUCCUCAAAACCCAUCGGCGUCUGUCCUCAGCGUAACCGAUGGCGAGGCGCAAUGUGCAUUUUGUGGUGCAGAAGGGCAUCAACCAGCGAACUGUGUCGCCCCCGUGCCCAUGGCCAAGAAAAAGGAGGUGAUGUCAAGAGAGAGGCGUUGUUACAAGUGUGCGAAAAAGAAGCACCGUGCCGCUGAGUGUAGAACUGCAAGGUGGCUGAAGUGUGCCAAAUGCUCUGGACGACACGCAACUGGCGUCUGCGAGCUCAAUCAAAGACCGACACGCCCUCCUUCAAUCGGAGAUGCUGCACCAGCAGAGACAGCAGUACAAUCAUCGCUUCAGGUGGGACCAGUACUGGGAAAGACCCGCGUGCUUCUACAGACUGCACGAGCGUAUGCGGAAGGCCAGCACAAGAGUGCUCUGGUGAGAAUACUGCUUGAUGGUGGCAGCCAGAGAACAUUUAUACGACAGGAGGUUUCCCGGCGCCUCAAUCUUCGCGUCAUAGGAGGGGAGAAGCUGGCUAUUUGCACCUUCGGAAGCGAGAGACCAUCUGAAGAAAGAAGGUGUCAUCGCGUGGAAUGCUGGCUGCGAAACUGGCGCAACAACACCAGAGUCCGGAUCGAAGCAUUAGAGGUGCCCGAGAUCUGUGGAGACUUCCUCCCACCACCUGACGACUCCACGGCUAGCAUCGCUCGUGAGCAAGGCCUCCAGCUUGCUGACACCUUACCUGACGGCUACCGCCCUGGUGUUGGAGUUGAGCUGCUUAUCGGGGCCGAUCACUUCUGGGAUAUAGCAACGGGAAAUGUCAAGCGCCUCGGUAGGAAGCUCGUGGCCAUGGAGACUGCGUUUGGAUGGACAUUGCAGGGCACAGAUUCUACAUCGCCCGUCGCAACCUUCCUAAAGAACACCGGAGUGAUGCGGGUAGGUGUGACCACAGCACCCGACGAAAUUUCUCGUCAACUAGAAUCAUUCUGGGAGAUGGAGCACCUUGGUAUCGUCGACGAUGCACAGCUGACCGCCAAAGACGACAGCGUUCUGCGGGCCUUUGAAGAAACCAUUGCCCACAAGAACGGUAGAUACCAAGUAGCUCUCCCAUGUAAAAAGAACGCGUCAGACUUGACGGACAAUCAGAGCACAUCAUCGCACAGACAUCGCUCAUUAACGGCGAAGCUGCUGCGACAUGAAGAAGCAAUUCUAGACUACGAUCAGGCAAUCAGGAACUACCUGCAAGCUGGACACAACGAGGAAGCGAACGAACUGGGUGAGUCCCCGCUGGGGCCCAUUUACUACAUGCCACACCGAGGUGUGCUCUGGCCUGGUAGCGAAACAACCAAGUUGAGAGCCGUAUUCGAUGCCUCUUCCAAAGCGGCGGAAAAGCUGUCACUGAAUGACGUCUUCUUCGCAGGACCUGAUCUAAAUUCAAACGCCAACCCAAGCCGAGACUGCCGUAAAUUCUCGCCCACUGACUUUCGCGUCUUCGGACGCGGGGGAGCUUAUGCCCUUGAUUCCAGUCCAUUUCCUCGUAGGUCGCCAGCUACCGAGAUUGCCUCCCUUUCGAGAAACCACCGAAGUCAAAUCGGCAGCAGAGACACGCCAAUGGAGGCGACGCGCCGGGCUUGUUCACUCAUUCUGGCAACGCUGGAGACGCGAAUACCUACUGCAGCUUCACUUAGCGCUUAUCACAAAGCCAGGCAGAGGGAGAGGCAUCGGUGA